CUGCUCUAGAAGAUGAAGAAAAAUAGAGAAAGAUUCUGCAGCAGAGAAAGGGAAUUUGUGUAUAAAUUUAAAGUCGGUCGCGAGUGCUUAGAACUGAGGGUUCCCCUCCAAUUUCCUGUUGAAGAGAAUGCCAGCCACUUACAUGGUCGUCUCAUGCUACUGCACAACUUACCAUGCUUUAUAGAAAAAGACUUAAAAGCAGCUCUGAGCCAGUUUAUAGAAGAAGAAUCUCUCAAAGACUAUGAUGAUGAUGCUGAAGCCUCCCUAGAAGCUGUGAAGUCGGGGGAAGUCGAUUUACACCAACUGGCAAACACAUGGGCCAAAGCUUAUGCUGAGACCACAUUAGAGCACGCCAGGCCGGAGGAGCCCAGCUGGGAUGAAGACUUCGCAGAUGUGUACCAUGACCUCAUCCAUUCCCCAGCCUCGGAAACGCUCCUCAAUUUGGAGCAUAAUUACUUUGUCAGUAUCUCAGAGCUGAUUGGUGAGAGAGACGUGGAGCUGAAAAAAUUGCGAGAGAGACAGGGCAUCGAAAUGGAAAAAGUGAUGCAGGAGUUGGGGAAAUCUCUGACAGAUCAAGAUGUCAAUGCCUUGGCGGCUCAGCAUUUCGAAUCCCAACAAGUCUUAGAAAAUAAGUGGUCUAAUGAAUUAAAGCAGUCGACGGCCAUCCAGAAGCAAGAGUAUCAGGAGUGGGUGAUAAAACUUCAUCAGGACCUGAAAAACCCCAACAACAGCUCCCUGAGUGAGGAAAUUAAAGUCCAGCCAAAUCAGUUCAGAGAAUCCGCAGAAGCAAAUGGAAGGAUUUAUGAGGAACAGAGAAAAUUGGAAGAAAGUUUUACUAUUCAUCUCGGAGCCCAGCUGAAGACCAUGCAUAAUCUGAGACUGCUGAGAGCAGAUAUGCUGGAUUUCUGUAAGCACAAAAGAAAUCACCGGAGCGGGGUGAAGCUGCACCGGCUGCAGACCGCCCUGUCGCUUUAUUCCACCUCGCUCUGUGGCCUGGUGUUGCUUGUGGACAACCGCAUCAAUUCCUACAGUGGAAUUAAGAGAGAUUUCGCCACCAUUUGCCAGGAGUGCACAGACUUCCACUUUCCCCGGAUCGGCGAGCAGCUGGAGGUGGUCCAGCAGGUGGUUCUUUAUGCAAGAACACAGCGCAGGAGCAAGUUGAAAGACUCACACGAUUCUGGAAGCCGGAACGGAGGCAAUGACGAUAAGACUAAAAAUGCCGAGAGAAACUAUUUAAACAUUCUACCUGGAGAAUUUUACAUCACGCGGCAUUCGAAUCUCUCAGAAAUCCAUGUCGCAUUUCACCUUUGCGUGGACGACAAUGUGAAAUCGGGGAACAUCACCGCUCGUGAUCCAGCCAUCAUGGGACUCCGUAAUAUUCUCAAGACGUGCUGCAGCCACGACAUCACCACAAUAAGCAUUCCGCUGCUGCUGGUGCACGAGAUGUCAGAGGAAAUGACGAUACCGUGGUGCUUAAGGCGAGCCGAGCUUGUGUUUAAGUGUGUCAAAGGUUUCAUGAUGGAGAUGGCUUCCUGGGACGGAGGGGUUUCCAGGACAGUGCAGUUUCUGGUCCCACAGAGUAUUUCAGAAGAAAUGUUUUACCAGCUCAGCAACAUGCUCCCCCAGAUCUUCCGGGUCUCCUCGACCCUCACCCUGACUUCCAAGCACUGAACCUUCUCAGAAGGUCACUCGACGCUCCAGGAACGGGACCUAUGCCAGGAUUCUGUCGGGCAGGAGAUGCCCAGGAAGAGAACUCGCAACCCAAGUCACAAAUCAAACCAGGACGCGUGUUGGUGAAUUGGUGAAACGGUCCACAAAUCCCCGUGCUGCGCAGCCCAGGGAUGAAGUCCCAGUCAUGCAUCUUUUUUCUAAAGUUUCUACACAAAAAGUUUCUCUCUUUUCCACUACUGCCACGCGUUUUCCAUGAAUAUGAAUGAAGACAUCUUCUGGAUCAUACAUGCACAUGGUAUACAUAGGUGAUUACCCACUAAUAUUUUCAUGGAGAUAUUUGCCCUUUCCAGAACAUUCGCGU